AGCUGUGCGGCUCGGAGUGCUGACAGUGCCGUACACAUAUCGGCUGAGGGGCUUAUUCCAUCAUGCAGGAGCCGGCGGACGUUUCAUCCUCCCGGGAGGAGGACGAGGAAGAAGAAGAGGCGCAGGGGGAGAGGGAAGGCGGACAGUACACGGAGGCCUCGCUCGUCUAUUACACCAUGAUGCCUGCCGACGAUGAUGGCGCCGACCUGCUGGACACCUCCGACCCCCGGGACAGCACGGCCAGCCCCGAGGAGCUGGAUGACGAGGACAACUCCGGUGACAAUGACAUUGUGGUGACCAAGACAUGCACGUACCAGGGCUGCAAUGAGACCACCAGCCAGGUGGCCAAACAGAGGAAACCCUGGAUGUGCAAGAAGCACCGCAACAAGAUGUACAAGGACAAGUACAAGAACAAGAAGAAGAGCGACCAUGGAACCACAGUCACCAGCAAGCUGGAGGAGAGUGCAGAAUGUUCUGUGUCUCUUACAAAACAAAGAACUGGAUCUGUUGGGGAUCGUCCUCCGCGCCCUACACUGCUGGAACAAGUGUUAAACCAGAAAAGACUUUCCCUUUUGAGGAGUCCGGAAGUUGUCAACUUUCUUCAGACCCAGCAGCAGCUUCUCGGUCGUCAAGCUUUAGAACAGAGACAGUCCUGUCAAGGGGCAUCGCUUUGACCGAAUCUCUGCGUAUGACGGAUCAUAAGGAUUUUAUUUUGUACCAAACAUUUGCUG